GGUUGGAUUUGACCUCAUGGCUUAUGGCAAGUGGUGGCAUCUUCCCUUAAAGUCAUGACUUUUAUGCCAUGGUACUCUUCAAUUGUUGUGUUUUCACCUAAUCAAACACUCCGUUAACUUGCCAAAGCUCUCGGCAAUGUAAGGAGACAAUACCGGACAUGUGUAAUGUAACCCUCAGCCUGUGAACUUGUAGGGCUCUUGGCAGAGCGAGUCACAUCGACAAACACAUUUUCUUUCUGAGUAAUUCUCUGGUUUUUCUCGGAAUCCAAAUGGCCUAACAGGUGAACUGAAGAAGCAUUUAUACCAAAUAUAUGUAUAUUGUAAAAGGAAAAAAAAAAUGGGGCGUGUCUAAUAAAUGAGAACCUGACCCUUGAGAUUCUCAAACUGUCAAUCUCCUCUCAGUUUCAUUUGGCCCCUGAAAAGCCUUCCAAAUAUAGCAAAUAUAGGAAGUAACGAGAAACGCCCAUUCCCUCCUCCUCUCUCUGAAUCUCCAACGACACACAAAGGUCGUCCCAUGUCGCCAAAGAAUCAAAGUUUCUCUCCCUAAAAUGGGUUGAGCCUUUGACAUCUGGUGUGUUCAGGGACCCCACCCGAUAUAUUCUCCUGGUCCUUUUAUAUAUCUUUUCCUAUAGUUGUUUUGUUUUGUUUUUUGUUUUUUGUUUCUUCUGUUUUCUUCUUGACAUAUUGACAGCAUGUCGGGACUCGAAGUGGAGGAAAUUUCUACCUCAACAGCUUCUUUGGAGAGGCUUCCAGGGAAGUCAACCUCAUCAUCCCCCGCGGUUGCCGCUGAUGGUUCAACUCACGCAACUUUCUCUUAUUCUAAGCUUCCUGAAGAGACCCUCAAUCUCUCCAUUCGCAAAUUGGAUGGCUCUUCCUUUGUUAUUGAAGUUUUAAAGUCGGCUACCGUUGCAGAUCUCAAGCUGGGGGUCCAGAAUGUCUUUUGUCAUAUGCCAGACGAAGGUCCUGACAAGAUUUCAUGGGGACGUGUUUGGGGACACUUUUGCUUGUCUUAUGGUGAUGUGAAGUUGAUCACAGACGCUGAUCUUAUCGAAAAGUAUGGCAUCAAGGAUGAUGAUCAGCUUCAUUUCACUAGGCAUAUCUCGACAAAGGUUCAAAAAGUUAAACAUGUUCCUCAAGAGCAUUCAUACACGCCAUUAUCAAGCUCUUUGGAAGGUGAACUUAAAAACGAAGAAGGAUACAAGGAUAGUGAGACACAAAAAGGCAGGUGUGAACGCUUACGGUCCACAUGUUCAAAGCUUCCAUCCCUUAAAAGAGCAGGAACUUUCAAAAACCGAGGUUGCCGUAGUAUGUGUGCUUUCUUGUGAAAAGUUCAAUGAAAAAUCUUUAUAGCUUUAGGGUAAUAGCAUAUUCAAUUCGGUUCGGUUCAACUCGAUUAGAUUUAACAUUUAUAUAGGCUUUUCCUGCUCUUUUAGUUCUCAACAUGCUGUCACAUCUUACUGAAAAAUUGAAUACAAAUUUAGUUAGCAUCAUCAACAUCUAGUAUUUUGAUUUAGGGUAGGAUUUGUAACUUUGAUUUUCAUUUAAAUUUCCAAUUUUUUUGAGCCCUUUGAAUCUUUGGUGUACCCAACUAUGAUGGAACAAAGAACCCCAAAUUUUCUAUUGGGUCGAUGAAAAAGUACCAUUUGACCCAUUAUCUGAUCCAAAGCCCACUUUCCCCACACCACCUGACUCAGUCAUUCAGUCCACCAUAACCUCAUCAAUUUGUGUGGCAAAGAAUGAGAUAACCUUCUGCAAAACUUCAUGCUCACCGUCUCCACAAAAAAUUGAAAAAAAAAAACCUUUUUUCCUUUCAAUUUGCACAACACAAUCUCACAUCGUAUCGACAUCUAAAACUCAAAAGAGUCUGUCAUUUCCCUUACUUCCUCAAACCAGAAGCCAUGGCCAGCAUGAUAAUGGCUUCCUCAAAGCCUGUAAUCUCCAUUGCUGCUUCAUCAUCCUUCUUUUCCAAACCCAAACUCAAACAAAUCCCACAACUUUCCCUCCCAAAACUCCCCACUCCAAAGUUCUUGAAAACCCAACAAAUCCCCUCACUCUCGUCCACCACUCUCAAAUCUAUCUCCCUCUUCACAGUCACCACUUUAUCCUUUGCCCCACCUUCUCUUGCUGCAGAAAUAGAAAAGGCCGCUCUUUUCGAUUUCAACUUAACCCUCCCCAUCAUGAUGGUCCAGUUCUUGUUCCUCAUGUUUGCUCUUGACAAGGUCUACUUUACCCCACUCGGGAAAUUCAUGGAUGAGAGAGAUGCUGCCAUAAAGGAGAAACUUGCCAGUGUGAAGGACACGUCUGAGGAAGUGAAGCAGCUUGAAGAACAAGCAGCGGCAAUUAUGAGAGCUGCAAGGGCUGAGAUUGCAGCCGCUUUGAACAAGAUGAAGAAGGAGACUCAGUUGGAAGUUGAGGAGAAACUGGCUGAAGGGAGGAAGAAAGUUGAGGCUGAAUUGCAGGAGGCUUUGGCUAAUUUGGAGAAUCAAAAAGAAGAGACUAUCAAGUCACUUGAUUCCCAGAUUGCUGCUCUCAGUCAGGAUAUUGUCAAGAAGGUGCUUCCUCUCUAAAAUCCCACUUCAUAUUUGGUUUAAUUUUGAGUCAAUAAUGUUUAUAUAGUUUUGAGACCAUCUAUGUAUUUAAUAUGAAUUUGAAUUGUAGAACAAGGGACAACUUUCUGUACUCCAAUGAAAUCUGAACCCUUUUAUUUUUUAUUUAUGGAUUUUAAUUUUUCUGCCAAA